AUGGCAGACGUUCUCGCUGCUGUUUAUGACAGUGCAAAACUUUUACGAAAUAGUGGAUACAACAGCGAUGCAUUGAAAGAAUUGAAUAAGCUAAUUGACCUUUCUAAGAAAUGCAAGGAACAAUCCGAAUCACUAAAUCAAUUGUUAUCUCGUGCAUGGAACGAUAGAGGACAUUUAAAGUAUUUGAAAGUUGACUUCGAUGCUGCAAUUUAUGAUUACACUCAAGCUAUAGAACUCGAUAAAAACUUUGCAGUACCUUACUACAACAGAGGGCAGAUUCAUUACAGAAUGGGACGUUAUGAAGAGGCAGUGAAAGACCUCAGACAAGCCCUGAGAAUUGACCCAAAUUUUGAAGAUGCGAGGCAAAACCUAGAACAAGCCAUUCAAGAUUGGAAUCUUAAUCCAAAAUAAACUACUAUCUGUGCAUAGAUUUGCUCUAAUGAAGGGCUUAAGCGUCAGCUUUAAAAUUCGUUAUGGUAGCCAAUUCACAUCAUCAACUCAGUUGAUAAUACUUAAAUACCCUGUUAUUCUCUCCAACCAACAUAGCACCACAGUUUCUUUAGAAACUUACCCUCUUUAUUCAUAAAAUCUAUGGAGACAUUAUAGAUAGAUGUGUUGUUCACUGUCCUAUAUAAAAAAUGUAAUUCAAGUUAUAAUUCAAAGUCUCCUUGAAAAACACAAUCUUUUUUUUUUAUUUGUAGAUAGAAACAAAUUAAAUAAUUUUAGUUCAAAAGAA